UAAAAUUCUUUUUCUUUUGUAAUUUGGCAGUUGACAUACGCCAUGCGGGAAAUUUUGUUUUGUGUUAAACAUUUCUAAAAUUGCUAAAAAAGACCUAAUUUUAUUCGAAACAAGUGGAAAACAAAUCAUUUCCAGUGUCCAAACAGUACACCAUAUAAGGCUUUUCGAGCUUCCUCUCCAAAAAGUGAUAUCUAGUAAAUAUGGGGGAAGCUAAAGUGAUGAAAAUCAACAAUUGCAAAACAGUAGCAGUGAGAUAUCGAUUUCUUUUUGAAAAUUCCGGCGGAGGAGAACCUCUCGUGAAAUUUUUACCACAUCCUGUUAUUGCGUUGAAAGUGGACCCUCCUAAGGAAAAAGAAACUGAUGAAAUUAUUCCAGAAAAUGUUGAAUAUGAAGAUGAUAUGAAAUACCUGAGAAGUUUGGACCCUAAAGAAUGGAAGAGUCAAGAUCACUAUAAAGUACUUGGUAUACCUCGGCUAAGAUAUAGAGCUACAGAUGAAAUAAUCAAAACAGCUUAUCGCAAGAAAGUAUUGAAGCACCACCCUGACAAAAGGAAAGCUUUGGGAGAGGAAAUCAAAACAGACGAUGACUAUUUCACUUGUAUAACAAUGGCUUAUGAAACUCUAGGAAAUAUAUCCAGAAGAAGGGCUUACGAUUCCGUGGAUCCACAAUUUGACAAUAAUAUUCCGAGUAUUAGUGAUAUUAAGAAAGACUUUUACUCCACCUUCAAGUAUUAUUUUGGUCUGAACUCACGUUGGUCAGAAAAGCCAAGGGUCCCUCAAUUAGGUAAUGCAGAUUCAUCUCGUGAGGAAGUUGAGAAAUUUUAUUCAUUCUGGUAUGAUUUCAAGUCAUGGCGUGAGUUCUCUUACGAAGAUGAAGAAGAUAAAGACAAAUGUCAAGAUCGUGAUGAGAGAAGGUAUGUUGACAAAUUGAACAAAGCAGAACGACUUCGGAAAAAGAAAGAAGAAAUGGUAAGGAUUCGACAGCUCGUUGAUUUGGCUUACAAUAAUGAUCCAAGAAUAGCCAAGUUCAAACAAGAUGACAAAGACAGAAAGUUGGCUGCAAAGAGAGCCAGGCAGACUGCUGCACAAGCCAAAAAAGCAGAAGAGGAAAGGGUUUUGAGGGAGGCCGUUCUGGCUAAAGAACAAGCUGAAGCAGCAGAAAGGGCAAAGAUAGAAGCCAAACGACAAGAACGUGAGGUACAGAAAAAAGCGCUAAAAAAAGAGAGAAAAACUCUUCGAGCAAUAUGUAAGGAAAAUGAUUAUUUUGCUGAAAACAGUGAACAAAACCUAGCCCACCUAACUGGUAUCGAGAGUAUUUGUGAGAGGCUAUCUUUGAAUGAACUUGAGGAACUCAAUGAAAACUUGAAAAAUAAUGGCAAAUCUGCGUUCCUUAAGGCUUUGAAAGAAAAUAAGGCUCACCUAGAAAAAGAGCGUCUCUCUGUACUCGAUUCUACAAAACCAAAAACCACUGUUGUCAGUAAAUCAACCACUGUAAUGGUUGCACCUGAGUGGACAGAAGACAAUAUUCAACUUCUUGUCAAAGCAGUGAACCUCUUUCCUGCAGGAACCAAUCAGAGGUGGGAGGUUGUUUCUAAUUUCAUCAAUCAGCACGGUACCUUUUCCAAGAACUCCAAUAAAUUCAAUGCUAAAAUGGUACUGGCCAAAGCGAAAGAUUUACAGAAUACAGAUUUCUCAAAGAAUAAUUUGAAGGAAGUUGCCAAUAAACAAGCCUUUGAUAAUUUCAAAAAAGAUAAAAAAAAUGUUCUGCAUAUUGAUGAGAAUGGUAUAUCAAAAAAUAUGGAUAAUUUGACUUUAAACGGUGAUGAUUCAAAACCAACGCAAGGUGUAAAGAAGUCAUCCUCGAAUAGCGAAAUUAAAACCAAAACAGAACUUCCCUGGACUACAUCAGAGCAACAGUUGUUGGAGCAAGCCUUGAAAACAUAUCCGGCAUCUACUGCAGAACGAUGGGACAGAAUAGCGGAGUGCAUUCCAAACAGAACUAAAAAAGAAUGCAUGAAACGAUAUAAAGAACUGGUGGAAACAGUAAAAGCGAAGAAAGCUGCUCAGGCUGCAGUCACAAAAUAAUGUCCGAGAUUAUUAGGCUUCUUGAAAAUUAUAUUUAUUUACAAGUUAAAUCUGUUUGCCAGAAGUGUUGAUUGUGUUGAACUACAGAUAACUUGAUUGAAUCUUUUUUCUGUUAUUCAAUAAAAUAUCCUAUAUUAGUAUUUA